GGUGGAUAUUCUCACGGUCACGGAGUAGACUCCUCCGUAAUCCGUAUUCCCAAACGGUGAUUAACCGAGUGCUUCCUAAUAAUAAUGCUGCAUUAAUGUGCUCGGGGCACGGUGAUCAAUUUGAUGCCGAAAAAUAAUCUGUUGGAAACAAGCCCUGCGAUUUCCUCCAAUUCCGAGUCGUCGAAGAGGAUUUCGGGUUCGGGUUUGGGCUCUGCUUCUUCGUCUUCGACUGAACCAGAAGAUCAUAAACCGUCUUGUUCUUCAGCAGGUUUCUGGACACCCGCUUUCUCAGCCUUUGGUAGUUUUUCAGGUGAGCACCCAAAAGGGUUUCCCUGGAGAGGCAGUUCGAGCUUGAAGAAUAACGCUAAUGGAUGGACAACAACUUUGAGGAGAUUUGUCAGUGGUAGCUCAAUGAGGAGAAUUUUGGGAUUCACCAGAACUGGGAUUCCCUCUGGGUCCAAGAGUGAAAUUUGGCUUCUGGGAAGUUGCUAUAGAGUAGCUCAAGAUGAUGAUCAUUCUGUUGAUCCGACCCAGACUGAGGGAUAUGCUUCUUUUGUAGAAGAUUUCUCAUCUAGAAUCUUUAUCACGUAUCGAAAAGGAUUUCCUCCCAUAGGUGAAUCCAAGUAUACCAGUGAUUCUGGUUGGGGUUGCAUGAUUAGAAGCAGUCAAAUGCUUGUUGCUCAGGCAUUGCUUUUUCAUCAAUUAGGAAGGUCAUGGAGAAAGUCUUUGGACAAGCCAUUUGAGAAAAAAUAUGUUGAUAUAUUGCACCUUUUUGGCGACUCAGAGGACUCAGCUUACUCAAUCCACAACCUUCUUGAGGCUGGAAAGGCUUAUGGCCUUUCUCCUGGUUCAUGGGUCGGCCCAUAUGCAAUGUGCCGCACAUGGGAAAUACUGGCACGUUGUAAUAUACAGGAUAUAGAAAAUGAUGAUGUGCAUUCGAAGAUGACAAUCUUUGUUGUGUCUGGAGAUGAAGAUGGAGAAAGGGGUGGAGCGCCUGUUCUUUGCAUUGAGGAUAUUUUGAAACAUUGCGGUGAAAUUUCAAAAGGAGAAACGGAUUGGACCCCUGUUCUUUUGCUGGUUCCUUUGGUUCUAGGAUUGGACAAACUUAACCCAAGGUAUAUUCCUUUCUUGAGGACUACAUUUAGUUUCCCCCAGAGCCUAGGAAUCCUGGGUGGUAGACCUGGAGCGUCCACAUACAUUGUUGGUGUGCAGGAUGACAAAGCAUUUUAUCUUGACCCUCAUGAAGCCCAUCAGGUUGUUGAUAUGAAAAGGGAUAUUUUGGAUGUAUCAGGUGUUGAUACAUCAUCUUACCAUUGCAAUGUUGUAUCACAUUUACCUCUUGAUUCCAUUGAUCCAUCAUUGGCCAUCGGGUUCUACUGCAAAGAAAGAAAUGAUUUUGAUGACUUAUGUUCGCGGUCAACUGAGCUGGCAGAGAAGUCAAACGGCGCUCCUCUAUUCACCAUAGCCAAGACCCGGAAUCCCUCAAAGUUAGUUGAGUAUGAAAACAAGCCCAGUCAUGACGUGGAAACAGAGGGAUUCGAUUCAUUUGAUGUGAUCCCCACAGGCGAAUCUGAGAAUGGCAAGCAAGAUGAUUGGCAACUCCUGUGACUUGGAUUUGUACAAGAACCAAAUUUUAGAAGCAUUGGCGUGUAAGGUGGGCAUUGAACUCCUGAAACAGAGCAUUUCAACCAUUUCAAUUCAUUAGUACAGGUGGGUGAGUAAUAAAAAAUCUGCAUCUGCCUACGGAAGCCAUCUUCCGGCCAGGAUCCUCCAGAUGAUGGCAAGGAUCAGCAAUCUCCACCCGUCCCCGGGGGCGGCGGUGUUCCCUGCGGCAGCGGCAGCGGCAGCGGUGACGUCCCCUGCUCCGGCCUCUAAAUCAGCCGG